UUUGUUUCAAAUGUUUCUUAAUUCACUUUUACGUUUUUGUUUUAGGUAGGCCAUUGUCCCUACAUUUUCUUCGUCAUGGCGUCUAAGUUCCCAACAAAGAAGAGUCGAGAAGACGAGCUUCGUACAAGGAAAGGUCAUGACAUGACAUGGUCAUGUGACAAGCAUGGUGAGCCAAUCAAAUUGUACUGUGUACAACAUAACAUUUCUAUUUGUCAUGUAUGUGCUACUAAAAAUCAUCAGAAACCAUGUAAGCUAGACGACAUUGAGGAUGUCAUCUUUCAAAGGAGGGAGAAUUUGGAUGAUAAAAAACCAAAGAUAGAAGAAACGAAGGAACAUCUGAAAACUCUGGCCUCCAAAAUAGAAACCGUUAAAACUGCUGCUAAUAGGAGCAUUGAUGCAGUCGAGAACCAAGUGAAGAAGACAUUUGAAGACAAGUUAAAGAAUGUAAGAGACAAGAAAUUGAGAAUGCUUCGAGAUAUUAACGAGGAGGCAGAUGAAGAAAUUAGAAUGAUUAAUGAAAAAAGGGACAAACGGAUCAGGGAUUGCAACACUGAGAUAGAAAAGGAAGAAAAUAUCAUCAAAGAUAACGAAGCUAAAUUGUUAUCAGAUACAAAGACAAUCAGUGAGGUAGUUACUAAGAAGACACAUAAUCUCUUUUGUAAAAAUAAUCAUGUAAUAAACACUUUAAUGAACAUUGAAUCAACCAUCACACGUAUAAACCAACAUGAUGAAACAUUGGUGAAUGAAGCUCCUCAAGUACUUGCAUCUAUUGAUGAAAAUCUAAGUUUGAAUAUUCAUCAAGAUGUUAGCGACUCUCUUGACCGAAUACAGAGUGAAGUUGAGAGAGUGAAGUUUGUAGAGGGGGAAGUAGGUGGAAAAUACUAUCGUAGAAUUGAUGGGUAUAUCGGUAAAUGGGAACUUGUCAAGUCAAUCCACAUUCCAUCAGUUGUUAAUUACCCGUGGGUGCGUGGUUUGGUCAGUGAGAAUGAGAUAUGUGUGAAAGACGGCAAUAACAAAAACAUGUAUGUUACAAACAUCAACACGCGACACACAGAGAAAGUCAUCGAUGGAGGUGCGUGGAUUACAUCAUGCGCGCCCAUAGACAGUAACGUAAUAAUAUGUAAUAAGAUGGGAUGGGAUUUCACGGUCGACAGGUUGGAUGGAUGCAUUACUCUCUAUGACAGACAAUGGAAUGUGAUUAGAGACAUCAACAUACCACGGAAUGGAGGCAGUAAUAGUGUGUAUGUUGAUGUUGCCAGGGAUGGGAUGAUCAUCGCUUCUCAGUACAAUCAGUCUAAUAUCUACGUCAUCAAUCCUACUGAUGGUAAGAUAGUAAACACUAUUACGAUGCAGGUUAAGAAUUUGUUCGGUGGGAUACAAGCCUUGUCAUCAAGUAGUAUCGUUGUGAAGACAGGUAAUCAAUACACUAUCAUCUCACGAUCAGGAGAAGAGAAGGCUGUCAUACACUGUGAUGAGAGGGACGACUGGCGGUCAGAGUGUCGCGUUGACAAACUGACAGACACACUCUACAUCGCGUACUGUGAUGGAGAUCUUAAUACCUACGCAGUUGAUCAGGUGUCACGUGAUGGAAUCAUCCAGGCAAGGAGGAUCGUGGAAUACGUAAAAUCAGAUCGCCUUUACCUCAUGAGCCCUUGUCUCGUUACUCCUUCUGGUAACCUUGUAGGAUGUGAUGGAGACAAACUUCUUAUCUACAAGAAGACAUUCAUCUUGUAAAUCAUCUAGACUAUCAAAGGGAUGAUAUCGGAUUUGUAAGAGAAAUAUAGACCAGAGAUUUGUUUUCACUUUUACUUCCAUUUCAAUUUACGUCAUUCUAGCUUGAUAUGUACGUGACUACAUAUUCAUAUACACAUGAUCAUGGUGUGUAUAAUCCAUAUCAAAUAGAAAACUGUCGCUCAUAUCCACUUCGUCUAGAUUUAGGUCUGUAAUGAAUGCACUAAGAUCCAAAUGAAUAGUUAACUCGUAACCUUAACAAAAUAAAUGCAAAAUGUGUUAACGAAUUGCCUACUUGAACCAGAUGGUUAUUGUAGAAAGUCUUUAAGAAUGGCUGAAUUCAGUAUUGAACGUGUUAAUAACUGACUUGUGUGAACUAAACCCGAUCAUUUACCAAACGACAUUUCAUUCAAUUUCAUUCGAUGUUAUUCACCUAAUAGUGAUCGGGUUAUUACUCGAUUGAAAUUGCUCUCACCUUUUUUGUGGUAAAAAAAAGAACGAGGAAGGGGAUAAAUGGUAUGAAAUGAAAGUUUCGUAUUGUA